AACAGCAUAAACUUUUUAAAAUUAAGUAUUUUUACCUUUAUUAAAAAUGCAGGUCUUGGUAAAAAAAAAACUGUCCAACAUAACUGAAAGAAACUGGCUUGUAAACUGUUAAUAAGAAUGGCAUUUUGAAGAAAUACAACAUUGAGUCAAUUAUGUUUACUAGAUCAGUUAUAGGAAAAGCAACAACCUGAAAUGGAAAAAUAGCCUGCAAUGCACCGGGUUACGUCAAAAUAAAAUUGAUGGCAUAACAUAAGACGGCGUCAGUUUCUUUUUUUUAUACUUCCAUACAUAUUCCUGAGACAUAUAGCCUAACAAAAAUUACAUGCAUUUAAAAACAAAAUCCUGAAUUAGUGAUGUACAUUUUCUACACUGUAACAAUGUUUAUACAGUCGGAUUCACGUUUGUCUGCUCUCCGUGCAAUGAUGCCAACAUUUCCGACAUCCCGGGAACGCAGCACAGUUUUACAAGGCUGAAUGCCUGAAAGUCAUUUGUUUUCCGUGAGUCGGACUGACUGGAUUGGACGACCGGGGGUUCCGCCCACAAACACACAAGGUGGAGUUGAAAAGAAAAAACAUGCUGGUCUAAAUUGAAGCUGUCAAAGAGCCUCUUACAAUUUGCUAAAAGAAGAAUCGAGCAAAGUAAAAAGGCAUGGAAGCAGCUUUAUAGACCUUUACAUAGUUCUCUCUGAAUCUGACUUUGAUUGGCCAAAGUGAAAAUUAUUAUCUAGUCUAAAAGUAAAUGUUAUGUUAAUUAUGUUAAGUUAUGAGAGAUGUGCUAAAUGCACCUAAAUUCCAACACAGCUGGUUAAACUUUGGUUGCAUUCAUUUUUCAGUAAAAAAUGUUCGUUGUGCAAAGUUAGGCUGGAGAUCAGACACAUUUGACCGAGCGGAGUUAAAAUAAUCGCCCACGGUUGGCUUCAGAGACAUCGGUGCCACAUCGGAAAAUAUGUGGAUGUCUCGGCGAAGCGAAAUGGUUGGAUGGAGAGAGAGGAGCUGCUGCGCGAUGAGUGGAGGGAGACGGCGAGAGAGAUGGAGGCGGGGGGGAAGGACCAUCUCUGCGGGGACUAGAGCCCAGGACCGACGGCGCAGUGCUGGCUAACGUUCAACCCUCCCCUUCUUCCUCCACAACCAGACCGAAGCUCACGCCGAGAGACAGAUACAAGACGGUGCACCCACAAAUGAAUGGAGUAAUGGAUGCAUCCACCCAAGGCCAAGCGUGGGCACAAGAUGACAUUUUAAAACUGCUAGAGGCCAUGAAAGUGGCCCUGCCUCAGAAAGACCUGACUAAAUACAAAACAUCGGAGUCCCACCUUGACUGGCAGAAGGUGGCCUUUAAUUCUUACACAGCAGAGAUGUGUAAGCAGAAGUGGCAGGAGGUCUCAAAAGAGAUACGUAAAUUUCGAACUCUAACAGAGCUUAUAGUUGAUGCCCAAGACUACAUCAAAAAUCCUUAUAAAGGCAAGAAAAUAAAGAAACACCCAGAUUUCCCCAAGAAGCCCUUGACUCCCUACUUCCGCUUCUUCAUGGAAAAGCGGGCCAAGUAUGCAAAGUUGCACCCAGAAAUGAGCAACCUUGACUUAACUAAAAUCCUCUCAAAGAAGUACAGAGAGCUGCCAGACAAAAAGAAGAAAAAAUAUGUUGAUGACUUCUUGAGAGACAAAGAAUCGUUUGUGCAGAGCAUGGUGAAAUUCAGAGAAGAACACCCAGACCUCAUGGAGAGCAUGGCGAAGAAAGGGUCAAAUGUUCCAGAGAAGCCCAAGACUCCCCAACAGCUGUGGUACAACCACGAAAAGAAGGCCUUCCUCAAGACACACCCAGAUGCAACCACCAAAGAUAUCAAAGACAGUCUUGGCAAACAGUGGACGCAGCUGUCUGACAAGAAGAGACUCAAAUGGAUCACCAAGUCUCUGGAGCAGAGGAAGCUCUAUGAGGGGGCAAUGCGGGAGUACAUUCAGCAGCACCCCGAGUUAAACAUGACCCAAGACGAUAUUGUGAAGUCAACCUUGACAAAGGCAGAGAGGCACCUGAAAGACAAAUCUGAUGGCAGGCCUGACAAACCUCCUCCAAAUGGUUACUCGAUGUUCUGUGCCGAGCUCAUGUCGAACAUGAAGGAUGUACCCAGCACAGAGCGUAUGGUGAUGUGCAGCCAGCGGUGGAAGCUGCUGAAACAGAACGAGAAGGACGCCUACCAGAAACGCUGUGAACAGAGGAAGAAGGAGUAUGAAAUCGAGAUGAACAGAUUCCUCAGUAGUUUGUCGGAGGAGGAGCAACAGCGGGUCUUAUCCGAGGAGAAAAUAGGUUCAAAGAAGGGUGGUGGAGCAAGCAGCCCUGCCUCCAAAAAGAAGAACUCAAAAGCAAAGGCUAACCCAGAGAAACCCAAAAGGCCGAUUUCAGCCAUGUUCAUCUUCUCUGAGGAGAAGCGUCCCAAACUGCAGCAGGAGCGGCCGGACCUUUCUGACAGCGAGCUCACGAGACUCCUUGCUCGCAUGUGGAAUGAGCUGCCAGACAAGAAAAAGGAGAAGUAUAAACGCUUGGAAACAGUUCUGAAGGCAGAGUCAGAAAAGAAGGAGAGGGAGGACCGUAGUCGUCUGCCAGAUCCUCCCAAGACGGCUCAGGACAUCUGGCAGCAGAGUGUCAUAGGAGACUACCUGGCCAGAUUUAAGAAUGACCGGCCAAAGGCACAGAAAGCAAUGGAAGCAACCUGGAGCACCAUGGAGAAAAAAGAGAAAAUAAUGUGGAUCAAAAAGGCAGCAGAGGACCAGAAAAGAUAUGAGAGAGACCUGUGUGAGAUGCGCUCACCAGCUGCUGCCAUCGCCUCAGGGAAGAAAAUGAAGUUUGAGGGUGAACCCAAAAAACCACCAUCAAAUGGUUACCAGAAGUUCUCUCAGGAGAUGCUGUCCAAUGGAGAGCUGAAUCACCUCCCCAUGAAGGAGCGAAUGACUGAGAUCGGCAGCCGCUGGCAGAGGUUACCUCUGAAGGAGAAGGACCGCUACAAGAAGAUCGCGGAGGAGAAGCAGAGACAGUACAAAAUCACACUGGAACAGUGGCUUGCGAGCCUGUCAUCACAAGAGAGAAACACUUACAAAGAAUAUAACUCUCAAAAAAGGAGAGCUACAGCAAAACCAGGAGGCCCCAAAGCAAAGUCCAAGAAAUCUGACACGGAAGAGGAGGAAGAUGAUGACGAUGAGGAUGAAGAUGACGACGAGCAGGAGAAGGCUUCCUCUGAAGCAGACUCAUCCAGUGAGGAUGAGGAUGAUGAUGAAGAUGAUGAUGAGGAUGAUGAUAAGGAUGAUGAUGAUGAUGAUGAAGAUGACGAUGAGGAUGAUGACGACGAUGAGGCGGAAGACAAGGAGAACAAGUCGGAGGACAGCAGCAGCGAGUCAAACUCACAGGGCUCAUCGGACUCUGAUUCAGACUGAAAUGUCGUCAAGACAGACUGAGCAGCGCUGAGCUGAGCCAAGAGACAAGGGAGCUCUGCCACUGUGCCAACCCUGCUCUCCUCCUACCACCAGGGGGAGUCCCACAUUGCCUCAUCACCUUCACACUCAUCCACUUUAUGUUCCUGGAGGGAUUUCACCAUUGAGUCCAAAAUCAGUUUCAUUCCCUCCCUGCCCCGAAAGUGAAACUCAUCUGCCAAUGUUAUGCCAAAAAUAGCAUCCCACUGGUUUGGUGAUGUUGAGAACAAUUCUGCCGUUGGUUUAACUCUGGACUCUCUCAAGGUUAAAGUUUUAAUGUCGGAGGUGGUAUAUAAUCCUUCAGUGUUCAUUUUAUGGUUCUGGUUUUCAUUAAAGACAGAUGACAUGAGAGUAAACAGGCUUCAAAGAGCCAAAGAACACAGUAACUGUGGACCGCUUUAGGAAUGGGGGGGAUGUGGCAUGGGGGCUCGUGCAGGGUACUGAAAAAUUGCACUCUUCAGAAUGUUUCCAUUAUUUUUGUUUUAUUUUUCAGAACAUUGUUGAAUUGUUCCCUAUUACUCUCAAUUGAUGGUGUAGAUUUUAUCAUUUUGUUCUUAAAGAGUUUUUUUCCUUUUUCUGGAAAAGAAAUCAAGCCAUUAUUGAAUGUUUCUUUUUUUGUUGUUGUUGCUGGAAAACUUCUGAAUUUGUUACGUUCCCAUAUUCUCAUUCAGAAUACAACAGUGCCUACAUAAAGUAUUCACCCACUCUUGGACUUUCUCUUUUUAAUUACAUUGAUUUAUAUCAUUGAAUCACAGUGGAUGGUUGGAGACUUUCAUAUCUAGAAAGAGGAAACGGUUCCUUGAAGAUAAAACUUAACUUUUUUAUCUCCUGUUUAAACAGACUCAGAGUAUGACAAUUCUCUUCUUAUUUCACAUUAAAAACAAAUCUUGACAGGUGGAUCUGAAGUGCAACUUAAAACAGUCUUUUACAAAAAUUUUACUCUCUUACAUAUUUAGCAAAGCACCCUUUUUUACUGUGGAUCUGCAUCAGCUUUCCACACUGAUGCUGCUUUUUCUCACUAUUUUCCUUUGCAAAUAAAAGUGCAAAUAUACUUAGUCUGCUAGAUCGGGUUCAGUGCCAUUCACAGCUGUGCCAUAGACUUUAGUCUUAAUUUCAUACUUUUUAUUAAUUGACAUUAUUGGCUACUCUUUGCAUUUUCUAAUAUUUAUUCUUUCUUUCCCUUGAGCUCACAGUAAUGAAAAAGACUACUCCAUCAGCCAGUACCCAUUCUGAGCUCUGAUGUGAUUUAAUUCCACCUCUUUCAUAUGUUUACACAAAGGGAGGCUAUAACUGAGUUACAUCCACUCUGCUUCAGUGUUGUAAACCAAUAAAGGUUCAAAUGGUGGUGAAUACUUUUAAUAGGAACUCUGAUUUUCUGUUCAUGUCAUUUUAAGGCAUCGUUUCUCAAACAUAGAAGCCCUUCAGUCUGCAGCAAUUCUUUUUGACUUGAUUUUGGUGUCACAGUAAUAUAAACUGAUUAUUGUGAGACCAAAUCAUGUUGACAUUUAAGGGGUUAACAUUUGAUUUUCCACAUUUCAGCUUGUUUUUAACAAGUACAUCAAACAGUGUGUCUAUUUUCCCCUGCUGUGUCAUUUACAUUUUAUUUGUUUUGUUUUUAAUGGUUCUGCUCUCAUCCAUCUGGAAUCCUUUUACAGAUGUCUGAAUGAACUGAAUGGUUCUCAUCACAAUUAAUUUUUGAAUUUUAAUGGUAUUGACUGUGAUCUCUGUGGGUUGCAGUCUGAUGCUUAUCCCAAAAAAGUGUGCACUUAUAACGUAAAUCUGUCCCUCUGUGUGAGUUUGUGUGCAUGCAUGCACAGAACUGUGUAUAUAUGAGGGUGUGUGUGUUUCUUUGCUUUAAUGUGUGCUGUUUUUACUGUUUUUGUUGUUGCAUACCAUGAUGUGAUUGCAGCGUGCAUGUUCGUGCCUGUGUGGGGACAUCUUACCAACACCAUGAAUGUAGAUAUUUUUUUUCUUCCAAAGGUCUUAAAGUUGUUUUCUUUUUUUCUGUUCUGCGCUGUCAUGUCAUUGGUCACAUUAAACGGUCCAAUGACAAGACUUCAUGACUGUCGUUUUGGGUCCACAGACAGAUGACGACUAUAAAUAAUCUGUUAUUAAUGGACUGAUUUUGACCUUUAGGAAUUUUGUCACUGUCUGAAACAAAACCAGCGUGGACUAUUUAAAUAAUUUGGGUGGGUUACAGAAAGUGAAUGCUGUAGUUAAUCGAUGGGACUUUGUGAAAGGGACUUGGGGAGUUGAAUUUAAAGAAUCGGGGUUAAAAAAAAAACUUGUAAUUUUUCUGUAUAUACAGUUUUUGUAUUGAGUGCUUAUUGUUUUUUUGUUAGUGCUUUAAGUUGGCAAACCCUCAUCUGUGAAUUCUGAAGCCAGAAGUGAGUUUUUUCACUCACAUGGGGAGAGUUUUCGGUUCAAUUCACCUGUUUUAGUUGUUUAUUCUCUCCGUUCUGUUGGAUUUAUAGAGAUAUCUAAGACAGCAAAGCUUUACAAAGUUUGUACUGCUGAUCAUUUGACAAGAUUUGAUGUUUUCUAUAGCUGAGGGUGUUCUUAUGUCCUUGUAGUUCAAGUCUUUGGGCAAAUAAAAAUUGAAUCUUU